GUAUCUGGAGUGAGAAGGUGGCAUCCAUCAAUCUUCCAUUCAUCUGGGAUUCGGCAUCGGGAGAGAGCGCCCCCAUCGGGGUCCCCUUGCCCCCAGAAUUGAGCCCAGUAUUGAAAGAAUUGAUCCUGGACAUCCUCCGGGCGGUAAUACCACUCCUUUCGGAUGAUGAUGAGAGUGUGUUCUUUGGACUGAGAAAAAAAGGUUCCCGGAUUCCUUGCAAUCCCACUCUAUGGGCUCUCCACUGGCCAGGGUGAGUUCAUCAUACUGGCGUCUCUGAUGGGCCGGCAACACGAAACGCGCACGGUGUUUACCCCGUGCACGGAGUCUGUGGCACUCUACCUGGUGUAUUUGUGAAGCCAUGGUGAGAAAAGGGUUGGAUCCUUUAGUGGUCACCUUAUGUGCCAAUUUAUUACCUUGUGUUUUCCAGGAACACCAUGUGGGGAAGUCUGGCAAAAAACCUUUGGCGCGGCAUACCGCAGUCCAGUCCUGGUGGAUUGUGGGUUGCUGAGAGUCACCAUGUUUGGU